GAACUUUGUUUCGGUUUCUUUUCUUUUUGUGGGACAAUAAAAGAGGACGAAUUACGAUAUACUCUAAUCUUUGGAGAGCAAUUCGGAUCGGAGAAAAAAAAAAGGAAAAAAAAAAAGAAAAGAAGAAAGAAAGAUGAGCGAGGAAUCAUCGAAGAGCAGAGGAGUGACCGGCGACCAGGAGAGCCAGCACUACGGCACCUUCCAAGGCGUGGCCAACUACUACCAUCCUCCUUCUCACCAGCCACCGGCUCAGCCGGUUGUCGGUUUCCCUCAGCCGUUACCGCCUCCCGGCGUAACCGGUCAUCCCCGCUACCCUCACGUCCAUUAUCCUCAUGCUUAUCAAACCGUCCCUGGUUAUGCUGUUGUUGAAGGACACCCUGUAAGAGAACAUCGUCUUCCUUGCUGUGGCCUGGGCAUGGGCUGGUUUUUGUUUUUAAUUGGUUUCUUUCUUGGUGGCAUUCCUUGGUAUGUGGGAGCUUUUAUUCUACUUUGUGUACGAGUGGAUUACAGAGAAAAGCCUGGAUAUGUGGCCUGCAUGAUCGCUUUUCACCAGUACCAGGUUGUGGGAAGGGCUCUCCCGUCGGAGACCGAUGAGCACCCCAAGAUUUACCGCAUGAAGCUCUGGGCCACCAACGAGGUUCGCGCCAAGUCCAAGUUCUGGUAUUUUCUGAGGAAGCUGAAGAAGGUUAAGAAGAGCAACGGACAGGUUCUUGCUAUUAAUGAGAUUUUUGAGAAGAACCCCACCAAAAUUGAUAAUUAUGGUAUUUGGCUGCGAUAUCAGAGCCGAACUGGGUACCAUAAUAUGUACAAGGAGUUCCGUGACACCACUCUAAAUGGUGCCGUGGAGCAGAUGUACAAUGAAAUGGCUUCUCGCCACAGAGUUAGGUUCCCAUGCAUCCAGAUUAUCAAGACUGCAACUGUCCCUGCCAAGCUUUGCAAGAGAGAGAGCACAAAACAAUUCCACAACUCGAAGAUCAAGUUCCCAUUGGUGUACAAUAAGGUCAGGCCACCAACUAGGAAGCUAAAGACCACAUACAAGGCAUCAAGGCCCAACUUGUUUAUGUAACUUGGUCAUUUGACGAUCAAGCAAGCUUUUAAGAGAAGUUAAAGUGAGCUAUUUCUGGAUCUUUUUUGGUAGAAACCUUUUUUUUUGUGGUCCCUUUUUGUUAUUUUAUCGGAUAUUUUGUUAUUUGAGCAUCUUUGAAUCUCAAGUUGGUUUAGUUUAAAGGUUUCAA